AUGAGCGACCUUCAAAAUGCGUUGGCGAGGGUCGCACGUAGAGUUCAACAAUAUCAGCUUCUACGACAAAAGCAACUGGCCCCGUUGAUAAAGGCAGAUGCUGUACGUGCCAAACAGCCAGUGAAAAAUGUACUUCCAAAAGCGUCAAAGGAGAAGCUACGACUUGUGCGAUCAAAUGCACUGAUGAUCACAAAGCGGCGAUUUCAAAAGUUCUUCGACCCACUAAAUAUGCCUCUGUUGAAAAUCUAUGAUGAGAACCCGACUCCCUACAAUGCUAGUCAGGCAGAAGCUAAUCUAGCAGCCAAACUGAGAAGAGACAAAAUUGGUCAUUUCAACACCUACCUCAACGAAAGAACUAUAUUCACCAAAAUGCUUGACUUUUUGGUUGACAUGACUCCGGCUCAUCUCAAAGACGCCGAUACGAUUAACGAUCCGAACACUCUUAUAAGUGUGCUAGAGUCGGAGAAUACAGAUUAUCUAUCCAAUCAAUAUUCUGAUGUGCCAAGAUAUUCAUUCUCAGAGAUCCCGCCCAUCCCAGACCCUUUGACCAAGGACAAGUUCCAGAAAUACAUCUACACUCUCACUCAUACUACCUUCCCAUAUCGCAACUCAUCUUCGAUGACUAGUGGUAUCAUCCCAGAUAUAUUGCUUUCUACGCAUCACUUGGAUAAUGAGAAAUUCAAGCCCUUCCGCUCAGUGGAAACAUACAACUACCUAAUUGCAUAUUUUGGAUACUUGAAGUUCCAGAACGUUUUUGCUCGCGGUCUUCUCUUGGUAAUGGCAAAGGAUGGCCAUGAACCUAAUCUCCGCACACUCAAUGAACUCUUAAAGAUCUGCAGAAUGCACAACAAAAGUCGCUCGCUUGUCAGCACAUAUCAAGUUGUAAUCAAUUAUCUUGAUCUUGCCAAAAAAAUGGGCUUGCAGAUUAAUCUCACAACUUGGAACAGAGUCUACGACUGUAUUGAUAACAUUUUUUUCAAAGAGCUGUUAAUCAAUAAGAUCCUGGUGAUCAAUCUUCCAAUCUCGGACAAUAUGUGUAUCAGAAUACUCACGGAUUAUUGUCUCACUAGUCGCGAUACGCAACAAGUUGUGAAGUUCGUGGAAGACGAGCUUCGCAGACCUAAGUGGAGAGAAAACCCCCGUUUAGCGGAGCGGGUUCUAUACCACCAAAUUGUAAACGCAAAAAAUGACCUGGAUUUGCAAAAUGCGAUGGAUGGACUUGCUAAGGACAUCCGCAUGGAUCAAUUGUCAUUCAUUCAAAUUGCCCGCGCACUCUUUGAAAAUAAAGAGAUUUCAGCAUCUUUUUUUCACCUACUCUGCAUUUAUUCACGGGAAGAACUAGCUAAAUCACCUGAGGUAUUCAUUGCACUCAUAAAAGGCAUAUGCUCUGAAAGGAAAACAUUCCGCUGCGAAAAACUAGGGUUUAUUUUGCGCGGUAUCAUACAUGAUGCAACAAAAAUUUUGAAGCUACCUAUUGCCGAUAUUGACUCAGAUCAGAAUGGCUCGAAAUGCAGCCUGAAAAAGAAUCCCUACCACACACCGCAAGGCGGCCUUGACGAGCGAUACCGUAUGCUCAAACGGAUCACGAAAAAUCUGUUGACCGAAUUUGAGGCGGUUAUAAUUUAUUCGAACAAAAAGCAUAAAACCACAGCUCCUAUGCCAUGGAAAAUGCUCUCUCUAGCUGAACAGGAAUCUUGGGAAUCUCUAAAACUGGAACUUUGCAACCAAAGAAAUGCACACUCGAAUGCUGCAGCUUUGGCCUCAUCCAUUGGGUUGGAGCCCGUGGUGAGUGAGAUUCCUGAGAAAAUCAUUGCCAAGUACCAGCGAAGUAAUAACAGAAGCAUUGGUACAUCUAAUGAUUCGAGAAUGUUGCAUAAAAUCGAGAACGGCUUUGAGGAAGAACUCGAGAAAGAACUUACGGAGCGUGGCUUAAUACCUCUUGCACAUAGAUAA